AUGAAAUUCGGUUCAUGGACAUAUUCAGGUGAACAAGUUGAUCUUGUUCAUAUUAAUCAAACAAAUGGUUCAAUACCUGUUUAUGGCAAUAAUAGUGUACCAUAUGCAAUUGAUUUAACUGAUUUUUAUCGUUCAGUUGAAUGGGAUAUAAUGGAAGUUCCAGCUAAACGUAAUGUACAAAAAUAUACAUGUUGUCCUCAAACAUAUCCUGAUAUAACAUUUUUAAUAACACUUCGUCGUAAAACACUUUUUUAUACUGUUAAUUUAAUAAUCCCAUGUGUUGGUAUAUCAUUUUUAACUGUUCUUACAUUUUAUUUACCAUCGGAUUCUGGUGAAAAAGUGGCACUUUGUAUAUCAAUAUUACUGUCAUUAACUGUAUUUUUUUUACUGUUAGCUGAACUCAUUCCACCAACAUCACUUGUUGUACCAUUAAUUGGUAAAUAUCUUUUAUUUACAAUGAUUCUUGUUACAUUAUCUAUUGUUGUAACUGUUGUUGUACUUAAUAUACAUUUUCGUUCACCCUCAACACAUCGAAUGCCUCCAUGGGUACGACGAGUUUUUUUACAUGUUUUACCAAAAUUAUUAUGGAUGCGUCGACCAAAACCAAUAAAUCCAUCAAAUUAUCAUUUAUCAGCAAUAAGUCAUAAUCGUAUUAAACAGUCAAAUCGUACAACAACAACAGCAAGAAAUUUUGUUUUACCAUUACGUAAUUCAAGUCCAUAUCAAAUACGUAAAAAUAAGAUGCGUUUACUUGAUGAUUAUGAUUUUGAUCAAGAUGGUAUUGAAAUAAUUAAUGAUGAUGAUGAUGACGAUGAUAAUAAUAAUCAGAAUAAUAAUAUUAAUACUGAUGAAAGAAAACCAGCUGAAUAUUCAAGUGAACCAUCACUUUAUCCACAAGAAAUAAAGAAAGCAUUUGAUGGUUUAAAAUGUAUUGCAACACAUAUGAAAAUGGAAGACGAAGAAAAAAAAAUUAAAGAAGAAUGGAAAUAUGUUGCAUUAGUAAUCGAUCGUCUUUUUCUUUAUAUAUUUACAACAGCUUGUGUUGCUGGUACAUGUGGAAUAAUUUUACAAGCACCAUCAAUUUAUGAUUAUCGUAAACCAAUUGAUGUUAUGAAAUCGAAUCGUUUUUAA